GUAAAACCUCCAUUGCAGAGAAGCAAAACCCUUAUAUCUCCGAUCCUCUUCAGAGCUUCGAAACAGAACAAAAAUGGCGAAUGUGAGGUGCUUUGUUCGUCAUUUUCUCGUCUUCGUUCUCGCGCAGCUCUUCCAAUUCCACGACUCCUCCGCCGCAGCACGCUCCACUACAACAACAGCUAUCGGUUUCACCUACACUCCUUCGCCCGGCCUUCCGCCGCCCGAGCAGGUGGCUAACUAUCUCAUGGCUCGAGACGUUUCCGCCGUCCGCAUCGUAGAUCCUACCCCGGCCGCCGUGCGCGCCUUCUCCUACACCAACAUCUCUCUGCUUCUCUCCGUCCCCAACUACUUGGUUCCCUACUUCGCUCGAAAUCGCAGCUCCGCCGACCUAUGGCUCUACGAUCACGUUCUCCCGUUCUAUCCCCGGUCCCGCGUCACCAUCAUCUCCGUCGGAGAUGACGUCGUCGCCUCCGCCUCUUCCGGAGUCUUCGAUCCUUCCACGGCUAUUUUACCGGCAAUACGGAACGUCCAAUUGGCCUUAAGCGAUUUCGGCAUCCGGUCUAUUUCCGUAUCCACCACUUUCUCCUUCACCAAUGUGGUCACGGAGACGUUCCCGCCUUCUUCCGGCGAGUUCCAGGCGCCGGCGGACAGCCAUAUCAUAAGACCACUGCUCCAGUUUCUGGAAGACACAAAUUCCUCGUUCCUCGUCAAUCUAUAUCCCUACACCGUCUACAAACUCCACUCGGAGAUCACCGUCGGAUUCGCACUGUUCCGGGAAGGAGCAUUCAGUUAUAGAGACGACGUCAUCACCGGUGUCCGGUACUACAAUCUCUUCGACAUGAUGGUUGACGCCGUGGUUGCUGCAAUGGCUGUUUCAGGCCACGAGAGUAUCCCUAUAGUGGUGACGGAGACGGGGUGGCCUAGCUCUGAAUCCGGCGGCGGCGGCGGCAACCAACAAUCGGGAGCGGUGGCCGAUGCAAGUCAUCUGUACGCUGAGAUGUACCUGAAAGGGCUGGUUUCCCACCUGAGAUCAGGAAUGGGAACUCCAUUGCGGCAAGAAGGUGUCUCUCAGGCAUACAUCUAUCAGUUGUUUGAUGAAAUGCCUGAGAGGGGAAAUGGGAGCAGUGGAAGAGGACAACAUUGGGGAGUUUUGUACCCAAACAUGACACUCAAGUAUGACAUUGAUUUCUCAGCUUCAUGGAGGAUCAAAGAUCACCAAAUACUCUGUGAGAUUUUCACCAUCUUCCUUGCCCUACUAUUGCUCCAUUAGUUUGUGAAAUCAUUUAGGAAUGGUGUUUCUUUGAAAAAUGAACAUAAAAAAAAUAUAGGAGUACUAUGCAAAUACUAUACCAUACGCUCAACACAACUUUGUUCUCAUUCAACAUCAUGUCAAGUGUCCAAAUGUAAAGUUUGAAAUGGAGACUGAAGUUGGAUCUAUAAUUCAAAGUGCACAAAAAAUGACUUCCAAACAGGCCCUUUAGCCAAAAAAAACCUGUUUGCCAAGCAUCUUUUUUUACCAUUUGUGAUCUUAUGUCAGUUGUGUGUACCCUUUUGAUUGAUUUUCAACCUUUUAACCACAUUAGUGAAAGUGGAACAAUUUCUUGUUAUUGAACAACCUGUUAAAUACAAAAAGCAAUAAAGCAGUAGAAAGAAU